UGAUGACAAAAUGUCUGACUUCUUGACGAUAUGGCCACCCAGGAUCUAAGGUGAAUUAAUACUGAGACAGGUUUUGCCAGGGGUCAUUUGUCAGUUCGUCUAAAACUUCCAAACUGGACGGUGUUUAAAAAAAAAAAAUGAAGUAGUUGACCCCGUUCAAAAGUUAAUCUCAUGUUACGUUAUGAGACUAUUGCAUCCAGGGAGACAUGAGCAACUACUUUAUCAAUAUUAGUAUUAUUUAUUAUUGCCACUAACUCGAGACUUGAAUGUGUGGGUUUUUAGUUAGAAUCUAUGUAGUGCAUCUUUUCUUGCCAUCAUUCAUAACACGUCAUACAAAUCAUUCCCAUUCAUAUGAUGUCAUUCAUAUCAAUAUAAUGGCAUUACUAUAAUGGCAUUCAUCUCAAUACCAUGGGAUUCAUAUAAUGUCAUUCAUCUCAAUACCAUGGCAUUCAUAUAAUGUCAUUCAUAUCAAUAUAAUGGCAUUCAUAUAAUGUCAUUCAUAUCAAUAGCGUGGCAUUCAUAUAAUGUCAUUCAUAUCAAUAUAAUGGCAUUACUAUAAUGGCAUUCAUCUCAAUACCAUGGCAUUCAUAUAAUGUCAUUCAUAUCAAUACCAUGGGAUUCAUAUAAUGUCAUUCAUAUCAAUAUCACGCAUUCAUAUAAUGCCAUUCAUAUCAAUACCAUGGCAUUCAUAUAAUGUCAUUCAUAUCAAUACCAUGGCAUUCAUAUAAUGUCAUUCAUAUCAAUAUAAUGGCAUUCAUAUAAUGUCAUUCAUAUCAAUAUCAUGGCAUUCAUAUAAUGUCAUUCAUAUCAAUAUCAUGGCAUUCAUAUAAUGUCAUUCAUAUCAAUAUCAUGGCAUUCAUAUAAUGCCAUUCAUAUCAAUACCAUGGCAUUCAUAUAAUGUCAUUCAUAUCAAUACCAUGGCAUUCAUAUAAUGUCAUUCAUAUCAAUAUCAUGGCAUUCAUAUAAUGUCAUUCAUAUCAAUAUCAUGGCAUUCAUAUAAUGCCAUUCAUAUCAAUACCAUGGCAUUCAUAUAAUGUCAUUCAUAUCAAUACCAUGGCAUUCAUAUAUUGCCAUUCAUAUCAAUACCAUGGCAUUCAUAUGUCAUUCAUAUCAAUACCAUGGGAUUCAUAUAAUGUCAUUCAUAUCAAUAUCAUGGCAUUCAUAUAAUGUCAUUCAUAUCAAUAUCAUGGCAUUCAUAUAAUGUCAUUCAUAUCAAUAUCAUGGCAUUCAUAUAAUGCCAUUCAUAUCAAUACCAUGGCAUUCAUAUAAUGUCAUUCAUAUCAAUACCAUGGCAUUCAUAUAAUGCCAUUCAUAUCAAUACCAUGGCAUUCAUAUAAUGUCAUUCAUAUCAAUACCAUGGCAUUCAUAUAAUGUCAUUCAUAUCAAUAUCAUGGCAUUCAUAUAAUGUCAUUCAUAUCAAUAUCAUGCCAUUCAUAUAAUGUCAUUCAUAUCAAUAUCAUGGCAUUCAUAUAAUGUCAUUCAUAUCAAUAUCAUGGCAUUCAUAUAAUGCCAUUCAUAUCAAUACCAUGGCAUUCAUACAAUGUCAUUCAUAUCAAUAUCAUGGCAUUCAUAUAAUGUCAUUCAUAUCAAUACCAUGGCAUUCAUACAAUGUCAUUCAUAUCAAUAUCAUGGCAUUCAUAUAAUGUCAUUCAUAUCAAUAUCAUGGCAUUCAUAUGUCAUUCAUAUCAAUAUCAUGGCAUUCAUGAUCUUUCAUUUUGUUUUCAUGUCCUGGUAAUUUUUGUUUUCUUAUUUCUGCCAUCAACUUCAGUUAUCAGCUGUUACAUGGUCUGCUUUUGGGGAACAUUUGAGGUACCGCUAUUGGUGUUUGAAUUAGACGUUGAAAAGGUGUUUAUGAAUUUAAAAUAGGAGGGCCCGGGGGGGGGGUAUAUCUGGAAUCGUGGUCCUGUCACAUCUUAUGUUAGUGAUAUCUUAACAAAGUUGGGGACAUUUAGGUCAACAUAGCGCCUUGAAAGUUCUACCUUAGCGUUUCCAAAACUUUAAAGUUUGUUGGACCCAUGGACAAGUUUCGAAAUUGCACAAGGUACAGGUUGCAGAUUUAUUAAUUAUAUUUUCUUUUGAAAUAACCAUAAACUAUGAAUGAUGUGCGGACCGGCAACGUAUGGCUCACGGACCGGUGUUGGCCCGCGGGCCACCAUUUAUAGACCGCUGUUCUGACUCCUCCCCUCAGAUGAAUGACGUAAACUAAAAUGGACCGACUCCUCCUCCCGAGAGUACGGCUUGAGCCUGAGGGCGUGGAGCACCCCAUCCCCGAGGCUGGCUCACCCCUCCCACGAUGGCAGACUCUACCAAUGGAUGCCAAGUUUCCCGUAGACCCCGCCCCUAAAGGCGAAGUGACAUUCGUCACGACCAAAAUGUGCCAACCCGUGAGUGUCACACUAGAUUUAAUUCUGCCACCCCGUGAGUGUCACACUAGAUUUAAUUCUGCCAAACUGUGAGUGUCACACUAGAUUUCAGUCUGCCAACCCUUGAGUGUCACAUUAGCUUAAUUCUGCCACCCCGUGAGUGUCACACUAGUUUAUUCUGCCAACCCGUAAGUGUCACACUAGAUUUAAUCGCUGUAACGACAAUUGAAAAGCCGCCAUCAGCAGCUACAACAUUAGAGACCCACAUUACAAUUUUCUUUUUGAUUUUGUCAUAUUCCUUAGAAUGUGUUUGGCUUUCUACACUUGUUUUCGAAACGUGAACAUAAAUAAGAUGAAGAUGAAUAAGUAACACAUUUGACACGUUGCAGAGAAGCAUUUAGCCAAAAGUUUUACCUUCAGAUAUUCUGUACUUACUUUUGGUAAAAUGAAGGGACCCGCCCCUCGUUAUAUGGGGACAGUUAGCAGGUAGAUUACUGCAGGGUAUUCCCAAAGUGAAGUAUGCACAGGCACAAUGAAAGGAGCAAUAGACUUGAUUGUUGGAGUUCUGAUCAUUAAAUGACGGUAGAAUAUGCAAUUUGAGACGAGACUAAGCAAGGUUCUCAAAGCCUUUCAUGCCUCGUCCCCGUUGUGACACGUUAUAAUGUGAUGUAGAAAGGUUCUCUAAAUCGUUCAUGUCUCGUCCCCUCCCCCCCCCCCACAGGCCUACAGAUCCAGCCAACGUGAGGACUUUGAUUUGACUGACCCGUACAAUCGUACCAUUAAGAGUGAGUACAAGUCGCUGUACGACCCGUUCCUCAAAGGAUGGUUCUCAAAACCUCACGUUCGACAAAGGGUAAUAAUAUUAUUGUAAUACAUCUUUAUCUUUUUGAGAUCUUUACAUUUUUCUCUUCUCAUCCCCAACCUUCUACACCAGCGGUUCUCAACCUGUGGGUCGCACCCCUUUGGGGAGUCGAAAGACCCUUUUGAAGGGCUCACCUAAGCCAUCGGAAAACACAUAUACCCUACAGUUAUGAAAUAGCAACGAAAAUAAUGUUGUGAAUGGGGUCGUCACACCAUGAGGAAAUAUAUUAAAGGGUCGCGGCAUUACAAAUGUUGAGAACCACGGUUCUACUCCGGAAAAAAACAUUUUUUUUUAAAAACUCUCAUCCCUGACUGGAACGCCCAAUUAAAUCUAGCCCCCCCCCCUGCCCCCACUUUUGUUUCCCUCUGCAGCUGGUAGAACAGAACCUGUAAAUGUUUGAGACCCCGGUUCUACUCCGGAAAAAAACAUUUUUUUUUAAAAACUCUCCUCCCUGGCUGGAACGCCCAAUUAAAUCUAGCCCCCCCCCCCCCUGCCCCCACUUUUGUUUCCCUCUGCAGCUGGUAGAACAGAACCUGAUCACGGACAAGGGUAACAUCCCGUGCAGCGUACGAGACUUCAACGACUACCGCUACUUCCUACGUCAACAAGCCGUCAUCAAAAAUAAGCACGAGGACACCGCGCCAUUGGUCAGUGCCACUUACCACGUGAUGAAUGGAGUGUGUAGUUACAAUAUUCCACGAUGAAUGGAUUCUGUUGUCACAAUAUUCCAUGAUUUAAUUUUGAUGUUUGUACCAUACUCGAUGAUUAAUGGUUUUAAUUGCUUUCCAUCCAACAUCGACACAGACACAGACAUAGACAUAGAUACAGACACAGACACACACAUAGACACAGAUAUAGACACAGACACAGAUAUAGAUACAGACAGAGACAUAGACACAGACAACAUUAAUUAUUAUAAACCAUCUGAAAGACCCAUAACAUUUUUUUUUUAAAAUGUCUUUUUCAAAUGAGCAAAACUUUAAGAUUGUGAUGCUAAGGAGCGAGCCUGUUUCUUCAGCUGGUUGUGACAAAUAUUCUAAUAGCUGAUACGUAGUUGGUCAACUUUCUUUUUUACGUCUCUAGACUGGAGUAAUCAUUGACUUUGUCUGUCACCUAGGAACGCAGACAGCACGUGAUACAGCAGAAGAAACUCAAAGCGGAGGUGUUUGGGGUGGAGGUCAAGUACAAGCUCCUCAAGGCCAGGCAGACGUCGAAGGAAGAGGAGGAAGAAAAAAGAAAAAAGUGAGGCACCUCAACAUUCAGUAACCAGCCAGUGUCUCCCCACCAUGUUUUUUGGUGGUAAAACUUGUGCAUUCAGUACCCAAACUGUGUCUCCCCACCAUGUCUCUUGGUGGUAAAACUUGUUCAUUCAGUACCCAAACUGUGUCUCCCCACCAUGUCUCUUGGUGGUAAAACUUGUUCAUUCAGUACCCAAACUGUGUCUCCCCACCAUGUCUCUUGGUGGUAAAACUUGUUCAUUCAGUACCCAAACUGUGUCUCCCCACCAUGUCUCUUGGUGGUAACACUUGUUCAUUCAGUACCCAAACUGUGUCUCCCCACCAUUUAUCUUUCGUUUAUGUGUUAUUUAAAUUACACUGUGAAAUUAGGGAUAUUUUGUAAUAGAAAAAGUCUCUCAAAUGAGAAAAAUUUAACUAAUUCAACUCUCCCUUUUCAUAUAUCUUAUUGCGAAAUAUAUUUAAAAAAUUGUCUGACAGUUUCCUUAAGAAUAAAUAAAUAUAUAUUAUAUAUAUCCCAACAUGCUAAAUUUUAUAUUUAUUACAUGUCAUUUCGUGUCUUUUCCUUGAUGUCUUUCACAUAUUAUAAACACACAUGAUAUUUAGCAACAAUUGAAAAAUAAUGAAUUCGUUUUUUUUCUUAAAUGUAUAGUCAAUGUUUUAGUAAGACUUAUGAACAUAAUGAGGGGAUUAAUGAGGGGAUUAAUGAGGGGAUUAAUGAGGGGAUUAAUGAGAGGAUUAAUGAGGUGAUUAAUGAGGGGAUUAAUGAGGGGAUUUUUUUAAACAGAAUGCUUAUUUGAUAAUUGGAAUCAACGAAUUCCCAAGAUUUUUACACGAAUCCUGCACAGGUGAAUGUCAGGUGUGUUUACCUAUGUUCUAAAACACUUCAGGUACGAAGAGAAGCAGCAGCAGGAGACGGAGAGGAUGAGGCUAUUUGAAGAGCGGAAACAGGUGCAGCUGACCAGGUCCAAGAACAAGGUCACUGACAAGAUCGAGGAGAUCAAGAGGAGGGAGGAUGCCAUGAGGAGGAAAGCCGAGG